AUGGACUGUGAAAACUGGAUGUCCGCUUUACCAGAGGAGCUAUGGGACGUCCCGCUCACCGAACUGGCCAUACCUGGAAGCCACGACGCCAUGAGCUACUGCCUGGACGUCAGCUCUCCUCUGGUCCGCUCCGAGUCCGACUGCUUCCGGAUCCUGGACACUUUCUGCUGCUGCGUUACUCGACAUGUCAUCUUCAAAUGGGCCACGACUCAGGACAAAAGCAUUGAGGACCAGCUCUCUCUGGGCGUGCGGUACUUUGACCUGAGAAUCGCACACAAACAAAACGACUCCAGCCCAGACCUGUAUUUCACCCACAUCCUCUACACCCACCUCACCGUCCUGGAAACUCUGGUAUCAGUCGCUGGUUGGCUCAAGUCUCACCCAAAAGAAGUGGUCAUUCUGGAGUGUAGCCAUUUCGAAGGAGUCAGCGAGAGUCUGCACGAAGCUUUCAUUUUCUCCAUAAAAAAGAUAUUUGAAUCCAAGCUCUGCCCAAAAAAGGAAUCCAACAUUUCUCUGAGGUCCCUCUGGGCGUCUGGAUACCAGGUCAUUCUCUCGUACGAAGACCAAACCGCCGCCCGCCACGCAGAGCUGUGGCCUGGGACCCCGUACUGGUGGGCCAAUCAGAAGACAGCAGCCGGAGUCAUCAGCUACUUAGACUGGAAGAAAGAUCUGGGGCGUCCAGAAAGCUUCUUUGUCUCUGGCCUGAACCUCACAGCAGAUAAGUUCUACAUUGCGUCUCACAUGAAGGAGUCACUGCGCAGUCUGACCAUGAAGAACUGGGAGAGUCUGCGCUCCUGGGUGGAGGAGCAGGUGCCAGGGUCUCAGCACCAGAGUCUCAACAUCAUCGCCGGAGACUUUGUGGGUCCCCUCCCCCUCUGUCCGCUGGUCAUUCAGCUCAACCAGAAGCUUCUGCGGAGAACCAGCAACAACGGCGUUCCAUAG